AUGUCUAACAUCAUACUCAGUGACUACGACGAAACGAUCACCAGCGUGGAUACUAUUUCCACGCUGGCGAUGCUGCCAUAUCUGUAUAAACAAUUCCCAAUACCUUGGUCACACUUCACAGACACCUACGCUGCGGGAUUCCAAAAAUUCAAAACCUCGGACCGUGCGCUGCCCAUACUGCAACCAUGGCUUCUCGACCAAAGCAAGCUCAUCUCAGCUGCUAACUUCAAUGCGCUAUUUCAGUCAGAGAUCAGCUAUCAGGACAGUGUUCGCCCCAUUGAACUUAACAGCGUAAGCGAGAUGGAAAGAGCCGGGGCCUUCACUGGCAUUUCUCUUGAGAACGUAAAAGAGUUUGCCACGACUAAAUUGUCUUUAAUACGUGAAGACUUCGUGCCAGUAUGGAAGGAAGCGUCAGAAAUGUAUAUUGUCUCCGUCAACUGGAGUAAGGAAUUUAUUGAGGCUUCGCUGCAUGCAUUGGCUUCUUCUAAGGAUUUAGGCGUUAAAGACCUUCCCCCAUUGCAUACUCAUUGCAAUACCUUGACGUCUAGGGAUGGCAAACUCACUGGUGAGUUCAAUAAGUCUAUUGUGACGGGGACAGAUAAAGUCAGAGAAUUGCAAAGCCUUCUUAAAAAGUUCCCAGCGGCGAGCACCGUGUGGUACGUUGGGGACAGUGAGACGGAUUUGCUUUCAGUGCUAUACCCGGGCAUAAAUGGCGUCCUCAUCCUUGAUCCGGCAACGAACGAAAAGAAGUUCAAUAAAAUGGUAACAGUUUUGGGUUUGACGUCAAGCCACAUUAAGGAUUAUAGCGGAAAGGGCAGCACAUGUAUAGCAAAAAUCUCAUGCAAAGAGAGUGGCGCUUUGUAUCUUGUCAAAUCCUGGAAGGCAUUGUCUAAACUACUUAAGUGA